AUGGGCGCAAUCACGCCGCUCGGCCACGCUGGAGUUCUAGCGAAGUUGUGCGUCGAUAUGAAAACAAAACCAACCCGGGAAAAACUCAACGAGGAGGAGCAACUUGCGAUGGUUGAUUUUAUCCUUGCGAAUCCUCGUUGCGCGUCUUAUUAUACAGUUGCCGAGGCUCUAAGAUACAGAAGCAAGUUGGAAGUGUACAAGUUUUCGCAAGUGGAGCGAGGAAUGAAACAGCUGCAAGCAAUCAACGACUUAUUUUUGAAUUCAAAAGAAGAAGAUAUCAUCCCCCUUGAUUUAUUCUUCGCGAGCAAAGUUGCACCAAGAUGGGUGCUGAGGAAAGAACUCUGUGACUCGUACGUAAAAUUGGGCCUCGCAAAGUCAGCUGUUGAUGAGUUUAUCGCUUUGGAAAUGUUUGAGGACACAUGUUACUGCUAUAUCGCCGCGGAUAUGAAUAAACAGGCUGAAGAACUGGCGGAUAAAUGUCUCGCCCGAGAAGAUUUUGAUGAUGCUCGAAAAGCAAACUUCUGGUGCAUCAAAGGCGACAUUCACAAUUCAGUAGAAUUCUACGAACGAGCUUGGGAACUGUCGAAAAAACGGCACGCACGGUCAAUGCGAUCUUUGGGCGCCCUGUUCGUUCAUUUGAAAAGAUACGACGAGGCGGCAGCGGCGUUCAAGAAUGCGCUGGAAUUGAACCAUUUGCAGCCUGGAACCUGGUUUGCGCACGGAUGCGCGAGUUUGAUUUGCUCGGAUUACAAGGGAGCUUCCAGGUCCUUCAGGAGAUGCGUUACAUUAGAGUAUGAUAAUUUCGAAGCGUGGGCAAACCUGGCCAAUGCAGAGCUGAAAGCUGGAAACAAACCAGCCGCGCACCGAAGCUUGGCAGAAGCGAUCAAGUGCAAUUACGGAAAGUGGGAGCUGUGGGAGAAUUUUUUGACGAUAUCGACCGAUUGUGGCGAUUUCAAUGGCGCGAUAAGGGCCUACAGCACGCUGUUGGACAUUCACCCAAAGAAGGAUUUCAAGGAUGUGCCAGUUUUGAGGAUAUUGACGCAAGCUAUUGUGGAAGAUUUACGAGAUUACGCGGACAAACCUGCGAGAAAUGAACUGUCGAGAAUGAAAGAAUUGCUUCACAAAGUUGUCGCUGCGAAGCCAUCUUUUAAAGAAGCCUGGGCAUGUUAUGCAGAAAUCGCAAUGAUCGACGAUCCAUCUCAAAAGGACCAACUUAAAAUCUUGUCAAAUCGAGCGAGUGUACUUCAAAAGGCCAUCCGCGCUUUGAUGGCCGAUAAUAGUUGGUAUUUGGAAGAAGAGAAGUGUAAACAACUGUGUAAUAUUGCACAGAACUUGGCGGAAAUCGGAAUUAGCGACUUGGAAGGCGCAACGAGACUUUUUGGCGGCCCAAGUAGACUAGUUCUCAAGUCCUUCGCCGUCAAGCUUAGAAAGGCAAAGGAAGAAACAGUUAUUGAAAGUGAAAUUCUGGAAACGACGGAAAGCGUUAUUACUUCUGCGAUUAAAACUAUUGAAACUCGGCUGAGUGGAUGA